UAAAAUUCCAGAUACCUCUUACACAGGGCACUGCUGGCAUGAUAUUUUCCCAAAGAAACAAUUCUGAACAUGCGAUUGCUCGUCCUAUACAUUGUGACUACGUGGCUGUUCCACGAGACGACGUGUGCAUAAGACAAGGUUUGGUUUCAAGUGUAUCCCAAAAAAACACAUUUUUUAGUGCAGAUUUAACGAGGGUUUGAUCUGAAGCGAUAUUCUCCUUUCACCACAACUGAAUUUAAGCUUACAGCAGUUGCUAGUUACUAAGAAGUCGAGGACUAGUUGAGGAGGCUACACAGUUAAAACCAUUUCCAGGACACCAAAGCUAAGAUAAUUUGUGGAAGAUUGCAGUUCUAACCAGUAUGUCUUCUUUGGGGACUUCCAAGGGGAUCCUUGAGGUAGUGAAGUUUGGGGUCUAUGUUACAGUUCCAAUUUUCCUCAUGUAUGCAGUUGCCAACAACUCUGACACUAUGCAGAAAUUAAUGAAAAAUCACUCUUAUGUGGUAUAUCCACCUGAGGGCCCACGUCCUCCUUCUCUAGAAGAAAUGAGAGAAUGGGAACAAAAGAACAAGAACAAGUAGCGUUGAAGUUUUAUGUCAUUGUCAACAUAUAUGCCAAUGCUGAAACUGGUGAAUAAAAAUUCUUUUUGGCAAAGUUGCAUUAUUUGCGGAGUUGUCAAAGUAGAUUUCUCCUUGUAAAGAUAUACCACGUUGGCAUAUUUGCUGGAACUUUCUUGUUAAUAAGGAGAAGCACAAUUAGAAUGAUAGUUUGAUUGUUUUAAAAGCAUAUAACUAAUUUCAUAGUGUUGGGACUCAAUGGAUUUUGUUAGUCUGGACAUAGCACAACUCACAAUUGUGAUAUUGCCUGGUAUUGAUAAACGUUUACUGUUAAAAAAUAAUUUCAUGCAUUCAUCUGGUGAAAUUGAAGAAAUCUUUACUAUUGGACUUUUAGAAA